UUCAUAAACCCCUGUUCGUCUUCCUCCGGACCUUUGUUCAUCGCCGGCGGCUCAUUCUUCACUUCUCUCCGGCCAGUCUUCCUUCAAAUCCUCUGUUUUUGUAAGAACAUAAUGUCGAUGGCCAUUUUCAGAUCGAAAUUAUACUGUCUUUGUCCUCGAUUACACACUUCUCUUUCCAUCAAUGGAUCCUAUUACUCUUCUUCAUCAUCAUCUUCCUCUCCUUCACUCGAUAUUCACAACGAAGAUUCUGAUAACGAAAGAUCUCCAGCAGUAUCUCUCGAGUUAUCCCUAGCAGACAAUCAAAUGGCAGACAAUUUCCACAACCUAAUCAAAGAACACCAUCGCAAAAACCCUAGUCCAAACACCUCUCCUAUCCCUUCCUUCACCAACUGCUCUCUCGCAUUUGAAUUCUCAAAGAUCUCCGCUUCAAAUCCCGUCCCCGCCUCAGUCUUACGCCGCGUCGUUGAGAAAUCCAGUAACAUCAAUCACGGUACCCCGUUCCUACCUACUCUCGCUUUCUUCAAUUGGACCAUUAAUAGUGACGGUUUUAUAUCAACUCCAGAACCUUACAAUGAGAUGAUCGACCUCGCUGGUAAGGUAAGACAUUUCGAUAUCGCUUGGUAUUUGAUUGACAUGAUGAAAUCACGAAACAUAGAAAUCCCAAUUGAAACCUUCACGAUACUGGUCCGUCGCUAUGUUCGAGCAGGUAAGGCCGCAGAGGCUGUACACACUUUUAACCGAAUGGAGGAUUACGGUUGUAAAGCUGAUCGAAUUGCAUUUACAAACGUGAUUAGCAUUCUCUGUAAAAAGAGAAGAGCUGUUGAAGCUCAAUCUUUCUUCGAUAGCAUGAAAGAUAAAUUCGAACCUGAUGUUAUAAUCUAUACAAAUUUAGUCAAUGGUUGGUGUAGAGCUGGUAACAUUUCAGAAGCAGAAAGACUAUUUGGUGAGAUGAAAUCAGCUGGUAAUAAACCAAAUGUAUACACGUAUACUAUAGUAAUCGACGCUCUAUGUAGAAACGGGCAGAUAACUCGCGCACACGAUGUGUUUGCUGAAAUGCUCGAAGUGGGUUGUGAACCGAACUCAGUAACAUUCAAUAACUUGAUGAGGGUUCAUGUGAAAGCUGGUAGAACAGAGAAAGUCUUGCAAAUUUACAAUCAGAUGAAGAGACAAUCAUGUCCUGCAGACACAACAACCUACAAUUUUCUCAUUACCAGCCAUUGCAAAGAUGAUAAAUUCGAUGAGGCGAUUAAGGUUUUGAAUACGAUGGUCAAACAAGGUUGUAAGCCAGAUGUACACACGUUUAAUCCUAUCUUUAGGGUUGUGUCGAAAGCCAGAGACGUGAAUGGUGCUCAUAGGUUGUAUACUAGGAUGAAGGAGUUGAAAUGUAAACCAAACACGGUUACAUUCAAUUUGUUGAUGCAGAUGUUUGUGGAUUCGAAAUCGACUGAUAUGGUUUUGAAGCUGAAGAGGGAAAUGGAUGAGAAUGAGAUUGAGGCUAAUGUGAAUACUUAUAAGGUUUUGAUUUCGAUGUUUUCUGGGAUGGGGCAUUGGAAUAAUGCUUAUAAGUUCUUUAGAGAAAUGAUCGAGGAGAAGAAUUUGAGACCUGGUAGAGCUGUUUAUGAAAUGGUUUUGCAGGUUUUGAGGAAAGCUGAUCAGAUGAAGAAACACGAGGAACUGGUGGAGAAGAUGGUUGAUCGAGGGUUUGCUAUUCGUCCCAUUUGAUGCAUAAAAUCAAGGUGAUUGAAAUCAAUCCAGUUUUAAUGUUUAUGUUGUAUUUGCAAGAUCUUAUUAUGGUUCAUUUUUAGUUUUUGUUUUGAACCAUUUUAUUGUUAGGUUUGAUAUGGAAACAUCAUUACUUGCCAAUUUCUCA